AUGGCCGCCGGGGCGGAGCCGAGAGCCUCCAACCAUUUCCGCUUCCGGCGCGGGCGCCAAGGCCGUUGGCGGGCGGUCCCCUCGGCGGAAGGGACGUCAGCGGCGGAAACGCGCUGUGCUGCGCAUGCGUAUUUGCGUCCUGGGGGGGGGGGGUGGCUCCGGGCCUGCACAACUCCAGUCCAGAGAUUGCUAUCGCCCAGAGGCUGGCCCACGAGCCAAUGGAAGAGAGCUUUGCUGGUUGCUAAGGAAACCCCAAGCGGCAAGAUGGCAGCCGCCGGCCACGGGAGCCCGAGCUCCAGCCUGCCUCGCCGGGACCCACCGAGGCCGCCGCGGGACGGUUAUGGUGUCUACGUGUACCCGAAUUCUUUCUUUCGAUAUGAAGGAGAGUGGAAAGGAGGAAAGAAACAUGGUCGGGGGAAGCUGCUGUUUAAAGAUGGGGGCUAUUACGAAGGCGAGUUCACGGACGGGGAGAUCACGGGGGAAGGCUGCCGGAUCUGGGCCUCAUCAGGGAACACCUAUUCGGGACAGUUUGUUUUGGGAGAACCUCAAGGACGUGGCGUCAUGAAGUACAAAGCUGGUGGAUGUUACGAAGGGGAGCUCUCCCACGGCAUGAGAGAAGGAUACGGGCGUCUGGUGGACCGGGACGGACAAGCCUACUGGGGGUGGUUCCAUGACAACCAGCGACACGGCCAAGGACACAUGGUCUUCCGGAACGGUGACGAGUACGAAGGCGACUGGGUCCGGGGCCAGCGUCAGGGGCACGGGGUGCUGCGUUGUGCCGACGGCUCCACCUAUGAGGGACAGUGGCACGGUGACGUCUUCAGCGGCCUGGGCAGGAUGACCCUCUGCUCUGGGGCCGUCUACCGCGGGAUGUGGAUCAAUGGCCACCCGGCGGCACAAGCCAGGAAGAUCGUGAUUCUGGGUCCGGAGGUGAUGGACGUGGCCCAGGGGUCUUCCUUCGACUUGAACGUUCAGCUGCAGCAGGACAGCGGGGAAGUUGCCGAGAGCGAGGAUGGCCGGGUUUUGAAGAUCUCGGCUGGCGUCAGGUACGUGCAGCUUCCGGCCUACUCAGAGGUCAGCUUUUUCAAAGUGGACAAGGACAACCCGGAGACACCCUUCCAGACCCCGUUUGGCUUUGAGUGCAUCGCCUAUCCUCUGUGGAGCCCCAAGUCUGGGGCCUUGGAGCCCAGAGCUGCCCUGGAAAGUGCCAGAGGAGAUCCACUGCUCCCCAGGGGAGACCGGGAGCCAGCAGCGGCAUCAGACACAUCUCAAGGCCAGAGGGACAUCCCCGGUGGCCCUCCCGGCGUCUGUAGACCUAAUGGUCGCCAGCGUUUGCCUGGUUUUCCGGCUGGUUCCGCCUCUGCCCGGAGCACACAGCAACUCCACAUGCACCUGGCCCCACGGCUCCUGGUGCCUGACAGCUGCUGCCGUGGAUGCCUGGCCCGGCUUCUCCAUGGAGUCCUCUGGAACCACUGCCGGAAGCAGAGCACUGGAGCUCCGGAGGAGAAGCCCGGGGAUGCGAGCCCCACUGUCCUGAGGACUGCAGGCGAGUGGAACAAGGUUGUGCCCGGUUCUCGGACGUCUGCCUUGGGCCCCCCCCGCCCGGGUACAGCCCCAUCCUCUUCCUGGACGACCCCCGUGAGAAGGCAGGUGGCAGGCCCAGAGGGGGCCUGGGCCCCGGCAGGACGCCCACCACGCAGGACCCGCCAGGAGGCAGCAGAGCUGGCGGAGGUUUGAUUUGCAUAAGAAGGGAGAGAACUGGCUGCCUCCAGCUUCCAGGCGCAGUUCUGCGGUAUCGUCAGUGACUGAGGAGAAUCACCUUUGUGCAUUUUGGCGAAGGGAAGGGAGGUGAAGGGUCACCCGCCAAGGCCGCUGGGCCCGCAGUGGCUUCUACCCUCCAGCACACGUGCUCUCACUGUUUAUUCGUGGGGCGUGCCACCUGGGGAAGGGGGCACUUAGGUGCAGCCAUGUGGUCCCGUCCCCAGCCCCCAGCCCUCUUGGAGUGCUUCACUACAGACCCCAGCGAGCCAUGCUCAGCAGGGUCCCUGCUGGGAGGGCCCUGAGCCCUGUCCCGGGGGCCCUUGAGCCGUGUCCCGGGAAAUGGCAUGAAUCACGGCCCUGACUUCUUCCCUCAGAGUCUGGGACCUGACUUCCCACCUCCCCAGGGUCACGUGGGCGCUUUCCGUGUGGACCCCGCCUGGGGGUGGUCUGCAGAUGGCUUCGGGGUUUGCUCACGGACCCCAUCCUGGAGCAGAGAGGGGCAGUCGCUGGCCAGGCCCUGCGAGGAGCCCGGAGGCUGACCCUCUGUGCCCACGGCCCGGGGCGAGGCUGCAUCCCCAGGGCCUGGGGCUGUGCUCCAAGGGCCCCAGCCAGGCCUGCCCAACUGGAUCCGGCUGACCCUGGAGGCCCCUGCCCGGGGCAUCUGCGGGUCUCGGCGGGGCCAGCCAGUGGUGGUCUCACGGGACAGCACCCAGGACCCAGGGCAGAGGAGGGGGCAAGGCAGGUGGACCCGUGUCCCCGGGGCAGGGUCAUCAAGGAGCCCGGGAUGGAGGCUUGGACAGCCUCCCCAAGAGGUCAGAGGCCUGCGUCAGGUGCUCAGCGGUCACCUGCGCGACCCUGCCCAGAGGGGUUGCCAGCACCAAAUAUCUAUUCAAGUAAAAACAGUAAUUGGCCCCAUCUGUGUUGGCCUGGUGACUGAUGAAGUGACUAAUCGCGGAAGUCUUAAUUAAACCCAUUUUUCUCCGGGUGAGCAGGGGAGGGGCCGUGCCGGCCAGCACAUCAAGCUCCGGGCUGGCCGAGUGCUGAGCCGGCAGUGAGCAGUCACGGGCAAGGUCGGCCCGAGGCCCCCACCCACCCCCGGGCAGACUGGCCGCCGCGUUGUGCUGUUACAAAACACGCACUUAGGGUUUGGGGGAGAAUGCCCCGUUUCAGUGGAAUUCUCACGGGCGGCUGGGCAGACUCACAGCCACAUUUACACAACAGACUUCGUCUUUUGCAGCUGACACAACUCCACAUCAUUCAGGAACUGACGGGGCCCUGUGUCAUGUUGUGAAAUUCCGUAAUAUGCCAGGAAUGUCUCCGCAGGAAUGCAGCGAGAAGCGUGCGGUGGACAGCGGGCUCUCCCAGGGAAGAGCAGGGCCCUGGGCGGGGGCCUCCAGGGUCACGGGGUCCCAGAGACGACAGGCUCAGGCUGGUGGCCUGUCCUGCGUCUGAGCGCCGGGGGUGAGGGGGCGGGGGGGGGGGGGCAGUGCAGGGUCCAAUCGGGAAGGCCCUCGGAUCAGCCCCUUGGCUCCUCGCCCGGCCCAGCCAGCUACUGCCCCGCGCUGCCCUACCGGUGGGGUUCACGCAUCCCCUUCCCUGCACCACGGCCGCCUCUGGGGCCACUUCUGGGUGCCCUCCACCCUCUCUCCCUCCACUCUGUGACCUACACAGGGCUCAGCUCAGGAGACUGGAGUGCGUGCUUCGUUACCCAAAGGUCCGGGGUGAAGCCCUCAGCCCCUCCGCCCUGCGGCACCCCCUCCGGCUCCCCUGUGCCCCCGCCCUGUUCUCCACACACAGCAACCCCCCGCCCCCCCGCCAGCCUUUGGCACACGCCGGCCCCUCAGCUAGGAGGGUCUUCCUCGGCCUGCGGCCUGCGUCACCAGGCAAUGUGUCUGCUGUAGGGCAGCCCUGCUCCCAGGGGUGUCCCAGCAAAGUGCGGGGCCGGGGGGACGGGUGGCUUGAUCUCAGAUGAGCCCCAGGGCAGCGCGGUGGGGGAGGGCGGGAGCCGGGCAGAGGGCUCUGGUCCCCUGGGGACCUCGUCACCCCUUCCUUGGCCACCGGCCCCUGGCAGAGUGGGCCCGGCCUCCCCCCCCCCCCCCCCCCCACCGCCAACCCCCGGGCUAGAGGCUCCUCCGGGCAUGUUCAUGGAAAACCAGACAUAGAGACUGAUGGGUUUCUCUGCUUCCUCAGAAACCCUAAAGAUGGAGAACUGAGCCCCAUCGUCCGAGCAGGAAAAAUAAACGGAAGCAGGUGUGAGGCCCGGGCGGGAACAGCUGGGCUGAUGGGGCGCCCUCACCCCACCCCACCCCCACAGCACAGCACGACAGGCUGGAGGCUGGCGGCAGGCGGGGCCUGAACCCUUACACGCCCACUGCAGGCCAGGGGGGGACACCUUCACGUCCCCUCCCCGCCCCGCCAUCCGAGGCCCCCGGCCGCUCUCCCGCCUGUGCAAGCAGGGGCCUCACUUGCCGGGGCCGCUGUGGCAGUGUGGCCCCAGUGCCCCUGGGUGCCCCGUGGAGCAGAACACGCUCUGCAGAGGGGGAGCAGCCGGGGCUGCGUGCCCACGGCGCCCCAUGUCCGUGCCCGUGGCCGUCCCUCAGGACCCACAGCCCCGAGGCUCCUGUUUCCCAGGGGUCCCCCGGGAGUGGUGAUGGUUUCCAGCUCAGCCCCAAAUCCGGGCCAGCCGUGCUCCAGCGAUUAGCUGAUGUUCUGAUUUUGGAAAUUCCUUAUGGGCUCUGUGUGGGGGCCACAGAGAGCCCCGGGUCUCCCGUCCCGCGUGAGCAGGUCGGGAGAGCCGGGUCGCUUCCCUGCGGACCACACGCCCUCAGGGCGACAGUUUUCCCCAGUCCCUGCCUUGACUGGCAUUGGACUCCGUGGCUCCCCGGUUCCCUAGGCCGGCACAUCCCACCAGUGCCGGCGGACUGCCAUGAUGCCCACACGGCUGUGGGCAGAGGCCGGGACCCGGGGCCCUGACCUAGACGGCUGUGGGCGGAGAGCUCUCCCCGGCCAGGAAACGGGUGCCUUCUCGCCAUGCUGAGCCCCAGGCAGACUGGUCCCCGUGCCCAGGUCAGGUCUCAGGGCCUCCACACCCCAUGCCCUGCCCACAUGCCCACCUCAGCCUGAAAAACUGAUGACAGCCAGGGUCAGGACCAGGCCUGACCAAGUCGCGGGCCUGCUUCCCCAGCCCUCUAGCCCUAAGUCGGGUCUGCAGCCAACGGCCCUCCUCUGCCGGGCCACGGGGCCACCCUGCCCACAGCCCUGCAGGUCCCUUGGUGGGCCUACGGGUGGACAGGCCCAGGUCACACAGGCUGCCAGAGACCUUUGGCUCCCCCCAAGGGAACCCCUUUCUCUUGCCACCCACCGUGUGCUUGACUGCGGGGUCUUGACGUCCCCUCCCCAGCUGCCCCCCUCUGUUCAGCUGCCCAGGAAAGGGACGGGCGUGCACAGGUCGCCGGGUCCCGGUCCCACUGGGCCAGGGUCUGGCUGGGCGGCCUCAGGCUUCCUCUUCAAUUAUGGCUGUUUCCAUAGCUCCGCCCACCUGGGCGUGCCCGGGCUGCUGUGGGCCUCGCCUCAGCAGUGGUUCUGCUGAGGGUCAGACAUGCUGCUGGUAAUUCCAGUGGGACGGAGUCCCGAGGCGUGUCCCUGGGGGGCUGCAUGGUGUUUCAGUGCAGUCCUGAGAUACGCGUGUCCUGGAAGAGGUGAAGGCAGGAGAGCCUGCUGAGGUUGCUCGGCUCGGCUCAGACAGGACACUCUCGGGUCCUACGGAAAGGGAAAGGCAGGGGUCGGGGGGGCGGCAGGACCAACGGUGCCGAGGGGAAGGCAGCUGGGCCUGUGGGCCACUCAGGUAUCUGAUAGGAACCUGAUAGGAACCUGCAGGUUACUUGCCGGCCCUGAAAGGAGGCUGUCCGGUCCCCUCCUCGUGCCAGCUUGGCCGUUGGUCCCACGGGUGAGGCCCGCCAGGCCUGAUGGGGACCAGGAGACCCACCACGGGGACCUCACCACAGAGUAUUCACACUGGUCCAGGCCCCACCUCACAGCGACACAAGCAGUCAGGACAAUAUGCCCCUUGGGGGCCCUGGAAGGACAACCCCGACUAGCAGGCACACAGGCCUCACGCCCUGCCUCCACUAGGAGCCCCGGCCCUCGGGCCACGGAGACACGAGUUGGGGCCAUCUGAGCACCACGUCUCAGUCUGGUCUGUAAAUGUGGGACCUUAAGGGGCUGGGUUUGCCCUCCCACAGGUAAACAGGUCACAAGCCGGAUAAGAUCCAGGAAACCAUGGCCAGCCUUCAAGACACUGGGUAUCAGGUGAUGAAGAGGGAGCCCCUGAGAGGCCCAGCUCACUUCCCAGAGCAUUUCCAGCUGUAGUACAGGGAGGGGACCCGGCAGGCUCAGGGGUCCCCACGAGGGGAGAGAAGGAGCUGAGAGUCCCGGGAAGCUAAGGCAGCUAGAGUUUGCAGGAGGCAGCACGGGAGAGGGGAGUCCUAGAGAUCUGCAGAGCAUGAGGAACGUGCUUGAACGUGCCAGGAAAACCAGCGAGAGGGUCACAGCAAGUCCUGCCCGGAGCUCACACGGGGCUGUGAAGAGUGCUCGGUCCAGGGGCCAGUCCGGAAGACCUCAACUCACAGGACGUCAGAAGAGUACUAAGUGGUGGGGAAUAAUUAACCAUAUCUCGAACCCCACCUUGCCAGCCUUAAAGGCAAGACCCAAAAGGAUCAAACCGUCUCUAAGUAACCAAACAGCAUCAAGACUAUAAGAAUACAAAAGCAGCCAGUGGCCAAGAAAGUAGAAUUCACAAUGUCUGACAUCUGACCGAAAAUUACCAGGCACACAAAGAAAGCAGGAAAGUAUAACCCAUGAUGAGGAAAAAUGAACCGAUCAAAGCCGACCCAGAAAGGACACCAAUGGAAGAGCCAGUAGACGGCGGCGUGAGACGUCGUCACUGGAUUCUGUGUGUCCAGCAGGGAAGACCGGCCACGCUCGGCAGACGUGAGGCGUGAAGGAGUGGGCUCACCCACCAAAGAUGAUGUGCGUGGGCAGGGGUGGGCGGGAGGGGCGUGAACUUGCAGGCACAGCCACAGAAACCCCCCGGAUGAAGCCCAGGAAGAGAAGCAGGGCUGAACUUCUUGAGCGGAGCGUUUUGAACUGCCGAACAGCUCCUCUCCGCCAAACAUGCACGGAAUCAGAGGCUCCCAAGUGCCGCAAGGGAAGGACGCGGCCGAAGAGACGGUCAAAGAAAUAACGGCCACCGUGUUUUCAAACUCAUCGCACACUAUAAACCUACAGAUUCAAGACACAAGGAACCCCAAGCACAGGAAACAUGAGGACAAGGACGCCAGCCACAGAUAAAGAGAAAACCAGGCUGGAGCCCUGGGUCCCCAGCCCCGCCCGGCCCCUGGGUCCCGACUCUCCCAGCGCCCUUUCCCGCCCAGGAGGCGCCGGCACCGGUUCCCAGAGGGGGCCUGUUCCCUCCUCUGGCUCUGACCUCGAUUCCUGGAGGCUCAGCUCAGUGCCGUCUACACAGUCAGUGCCCAGUUAGUGUUCCUGCUGUCACGCUGCGGCCCAGGGCUCCCGGUGCACCCUCAGCAGGUGGCCUCUCGGGACCGCCUCCCAGGGCGCCAAGUCCCCACCCCGCGGGUCUGGGAGAACCGUCCGCUGAUCAGUCGGUGCCUCUGGCCUCUCCUCACACCGAGACUCCCCAGCUGCUUCCCAGCUCGGCCUCCGAUUUCUCAAGGCCCUGGGGGUUCUGUAAAAGCUCUCAGGAUUCUUGUAACCCCGUCUAUUUCUCUUGACUCUGGCAGGCUGACAGACUCUGGUUAUUCUUAGUGCUGAAUUAUUUAUCCGCGUUCCCCUCCUCACCCACAUUUCAGAAUCUGCAACGUGGCUCCUGGGUCCCAGCCAAGGCCCAUUUCCCCCGCUCAAAAUGAAGUAAUUUUAAAAUC